UACAGUAAUACAUACAUACCUAUUACCUAUAUAUAUCUGAAGGUAAGCAAAAUAAGUCGUGAGAGAUCAGAUCAGAUACUUUAUAACAGAGAAGAAAGAAGUAACGAAUUAGGGUUUCGAUCAAAAAGAUGGAGCAAAGAGAAGAAGAGAAGAACGAAGAUACGCCGAGAAAAAGACGUAAAACUUCAUCGCCGUCGUUCAUACCUGUCGAUGUAACCUCGGAGAUAUUCUUACGGCUUCCUGCGAAGUCUGUCGCGAGGUUUCGUUCUGUAUCGAAGCUUUGGUCAUCAAUCACCACCGCACCGUAUUUCACCAACUCGUUCGAGACUCGACCUAAUCUUUUGUUCUUCUUCAAAGAAGAUAACAGGUUCUUCGUUGUCACGAUCCCUCACCCUCAAAACAAUCGGAUUCCGAAAGAGUCUUAUUCGUAUUCCUCUUCUCAGAUUCUUGAUAGUUACUAUACAACCUAUCCAAAAAGUGUUUGCUUCACCAUCAAAACUGAGUCUGUCCACGGUUUGAUCUGCUUUCAGAGAGGGACAAAACCUAUACUUUGGAACCCUACUAUGAGAAACUUUUUGCCUUUACCUAAACCGGACAAGAGCUGGGAGACUUUGACAAUCUUUUUAGGGUACGAUCCAGUCGAAGGUAAACACAAACUUGUGUCCAUGCAGUCUGAUAGAGUAUCUGAUGAGUGUAGGGUUUUAACAGUGGAAUCAGGUGAAAAAUCAUGGAGAACAGUCAAAAACAACUACAAACAUCGCCCUUGCCGUGGCAUCCGCAAAGACAAUUACGGACCAUGCAGAUGCAUCGACGGUGUUUUAUACUAUCGAGCUGAGAUUGGUCCUAAUAAGAUUAUAAUGAGCUUUGAUGUAAAAUCUGAAAAGUUUCAUACGAUAACAUUACCAUGGAGAGGUGGGUUUGAGCCUACGAUGAUGGUAUCUUAUAAAGGGAAGUUAGCUUAUCUUGGUUGUCAUUCCUAUGAGAAUAGUCUUCUUAUGUGGGUAUUAGAGGAUGCAGAGAAGAGUGAAUGGUCGAGUCAUAGCUUUUUACCUAUUUCUCACUAUGAUCGUGGUGCGGAGAACAACUUCAAGCUUAUAGGUACCACUAAUGAUGGUGAACUGAUUUACGUACCGAACACGGUGUUCGAGUCUUUUGAUGUUGUAUAUAUCGAUCCAGUGAGGGAGACGUUUAGAAGAGUCAAAUACAAAGGAGUUGCAGAUAAAGAGUUUAGACAACGCAAUGGACUUGGAGCUGACAAAGCUUUCCGUGGAGUCCAAUAUUCACCAAAUCACAUUGAAACCCUCAUGUCUCUGUGA